UUUUUGAACAAGGAAAAUGAAAUAAAGUAUCAUCUUCUUCGUUACUAAACACUCGUCUCGCCUUUUCCCGCUCUCUGUUUUCUAGGGUUCCAUUGAUACGAUUCCAUCUUUGUCGCGUAGUCUCUAUCAUCGACCCGAGCUCCUUUCUUUGUAACUGAGAAAAAGAUCGACUUUUUUCUUUUCCGAGUAAGAUUUUCUCAGGAAAAAUAAAUCCUUUUUUUCUCUGUUUCUUUUGGUUCCGGUUUGGGUUUAGGACAAAAAUGGUGUGAAUCCGUUUGAGAAAGACCGAAUCUUGUGGACUGUCUCUAACAUUUUAGUUUUGUUUUUGGUUGCUCAAUAAAGAUCUGAGUUUUAGGGUUUUGUAGAUUUUAAAGUUUCUCUUUUUAAGGACACAUUUCCAAUUUUUUUUGUUAAUCAGGUUAAUCUUGAAUUGAUUAAAGACAACAAUGUCUAGUCGUUUGGACCAAUUGGUGAACAAGUACAACAAAUCGUGUGAAAAUGUUUCAUUUGCUGAACACAUGAUUUUGAAAGACAAGUAUGAGAGUCUGGUGAUAGAGCAUGAGAGCCUAAUUAAAACGCUCGAGUUGCUAGAGAAAACUCAUGGAUUCACUGUUGAAGAUCUGGUGACUAAGCAAAAAGAAGCAUUGGAGAAGAAGGAAGUGAUUGAAAAGUGGGAGAACAAGUUUGGUGAAAUGGAGAAGAAGCUAAAGACUGUCGAAAGGAGUAUCGAAUACAUAAUGUCUGUUGAUGUUCAAACCGGUGUGGAUUCAGAUAUGUCGACUAGUGAGGACGAUGAUGGAAACCGAAGACAAAGAAAAGGAAGACUCAUUAACUCAUCAGAUCAUGACCACUUCAUUCUUUGAUCAAGAUCUGAAAUCAAUUUAGGAGAUGGAGAAGAAGCACAGAGUCAGAAGUGGUGAUAAUGGGAAAUUUCAAAUCUUUUUAAGUUAGUAGUUCUUGUUGCUUUUAUUUCUAGUAGGUGUAUAUGACUAUGAAUAUCCGCUGCAUUGUUCUUGCUAUUGGAGUAAGGAGAUUAAGAUAUGAAAGUUAGUAUGUUAAGUGGAUUUAGUAUCACAUAAUAAGGUAGUAAGAGAAGCAGAUUCCAUCUUAAAUCUACUCUCACAUUGUUCCAUAAACCGUUGAAAAAGAAUUAGUUUAGUGAUUGAACAUGUUCUGUGUUCUUUAAUGAAUAUCUGAAGAUGAUGAGCAAUAA